GCGAGCCGGGCGGGCGCACGGUGGGCACCUGGGAGCCGGCGGAGCUGGCGGCGGCGCCGGCGUCUGACAGCACGGCGUCUGCACUCGCUGCCGGGGCCUGCGGGGCCUGCGGGGCUCGGAGCGGGCGCCGGCGGCGUGGACAGCCGGAGGCGGGCUGCAGGCAUCCAGUGGUCCUCAAGGUGGCCCCCUAGGGAUGGGUGACGCCCACCUGGCCCGUGGCACCUGCCUGAGGCCGGCCUCUCACUAGCGCCCCCCAGUGGCGCGUGGCGGUACGAUGCACCUGUCCGCCGUGCUCAAUGCUCUCCUGGUGUCGGUGCUGGCUGCCGUCCUGUGGAAGCAUGUGCGGCUGCGGGAGCAUGCGGCCACCUUAGAGGAGGAGCUGGCCCUCGGCCAGCAGGCCCCAGAGCCAGCCCAGACCCCGAGGAUCGACUACCCCAAGGCCCUGCAGAUGCUGAUGGAAGGUGGCACCCACAUGCUGUGCACCGGUCGCACGCACACCGAACGCAUCUGCCGCUUCAAAUGGCUCUGCUACUCCAACGAGGCGGAAGAGUUCCUCUUCUUCCACGGGAACACCUCGGUCAUGCUGCCCAACCUGGGUUCCAGACGCUUCCAGCCGGCCCUGCUCGACCUGUCCACCGUGGAAGACCACAACACUCAGUAUUUCAACUUCGUUGAGCUGCCCGCCGCAGCCUUGCGUUUCAUGCCCAAGCCCGUGUUCGUGCCCGACGUGGCCCUCAUCACCAAUCGCUUCAACCCCGACAACCUCAUGCACGUCUUCCACGAUGACCUGCUGCCUCUCUUUUACACCCUCCGACAGUUCCCCGGCCUGGCCCAGGAGGCCCGGCUCUUCUUCAUGGAGGGCUGGGGCGAGGGAGCCCAUUUCGAUCUCUACAAACUCCUCAGUCCCAAGCAGCCCCUUCUGCGCUCGCAGCUCAAGUCCCUGGGCCGGCUGCUCUGUUUCUCCCAGGCCUUCGUGGGGCUCUCGAAGGUCACCACUUGGUACCAGUAUGGUUUUGUCCAGCCUCAGGGCCCCAAAGCCAACAUCCUGGUCUCAGGCCACGAGAUCCGCCAGUUUGCUCGCUUCAUGACGGAGAAGCUCAAUGUGAGCCAGGGGGGGCUCCCCCUGGGGGAGGACUACAUCCUGGUCUUCAGCCGCACCCACACCCGACUCAUCGUGAAUGAGGCCGAGCUGCUGCUGGAGCUCGCCCGCGAGUUCCACAUGAAGACGGUCACCGUGUCUCUGGAGGACCGUCCGUUCGCUGACGUGGUGCGGCUGGUCAGCAACGCCUCCAUGCUGGUGAGCAUGCACGGGGCCCAGCUGGUCACCGCCCUCUUCCUGCCCCGGGGGGCCACUGUGGUGGAGCUGUUCCCCUAUGCCGUCAAUCCUGAUCACUACACCCCGUAUAAGACCUUGGCCUCGCUGCCCGGCAUGGACCUCCAGUAUGUCUCCUGGCGGAACACGAUGGCGGAGAACACGGUCACUCACAUCGACAGACCCUGGGACCAGGGGGGCAUCGCCCACUUAGAUCGGGCCGAACAGGCUCGAAUUCUGCAAAGCCAAGAGGUACCCCGACAUCUUUGCUGUAGGAAUCCCGAGUGGCUCUUCCGCAUUUACCAGGACACCAAGGUGGACCUGCCGUCGCUGAUCCAGGCCAUCCGGCGCGUGGUGAAGGGCCGGCCAGGGCCCAGGAGGCCCAAGUGGACGGUCAGCUUGUACCCGGGCAAGGUGCGGGAGGCGCGGUGCCAGGCGUCGGUGCAGGGCGCCGCGGAGGCCCGCCUCACCGUGUCCUGGCAGAUCCCCUGGAACCUCAAAUACUUGAAGGUGAAGGAGGUGAAGUACGAGGUGUGGCUGCAGGAACAAGGGGAGAACACCUACGUGCCUUACAUCCUGGCCGUGCAGAACCACACGUUCACGGACAACAUCAAGCCCUUCACCACCUACCUGGUGUGGGUGCGCUGCAUCUUUAACAAGACGCUCCUAGGGCCUUUUGCAGAUGUGCUGGUGUGUAGCACGUAGCCCCACGGCCUGGGGCCAGGCCCCCCCCCGCCCCCCACAUGUCGGGUCUUCCCUCGGCACCCCUCGCCUUCGUGGGCCUGGUGGAUUCCCCCUGCUGUGUAUGGCAGGAACUUUGGGCAAGUUCGUGUUUAUUUAUUCAGCAGAUCCGUGGCUGGCCUGCAGCACCGCGUCCUCUUGUUACUUCCUCUUGGCAAGCCCCCUUGGGGUGUCAGGUACCCACCCCACUUCUGUCCCCAUCGUCCAUACCCUGGGGAAGUUUCCUUAGCGAGAGAGGAAAAGUCAAGAGAGCUCGGGAGGAUCCUGGCUGGGUGACUGUCCCCUUUCCCGGGUCCUCGGGAUCAAGAACCAGGGUCUAAAAAAUGGUUGGGAGGCUCAUCAGCUUGGUCACCCUAAAAUCACCUGUAGCCCAGUGAAAGGUGUAUCCGGAACAGUCAUUAAAUGAUUCUGAACAUGUUGA